AUGUCCAUACCAAGGAUGGUAAAAAUGAACCUUCUCAGCCUUUUCUUCUUGGUAUCCAUGGUGGCCAAAAGCCAUCAGUUAACGUGCCAGAAUGAGCUUCGACGGCCAGAAUACAGUGACAUCUCAGUUGAAUGUGGCACAUCCUCAAUUAGCCUGGCUAUCCUUAUCUGCCCUGUUGUCUACACUGGCUACAAUGAGUCAUUGCUCAUCCUCAACCACAUUUUCAACAUGCCAGAGUGCAAAGGAACCUUGGAUGAAUCCGUCACCCCGCCGGUUGUCAGGUUCACCUUCCCUCUCAACAUGACCAACGCUUGUGGAAGCAAGUUCCUGACCACCAGUGCAGCUGGCACAGGGAUAUUUGCUGACUUCUCCAACAUCCAGACGGUUAAUGUCAGUGGUGCUGUGCGCUCCCAUGAUCCAACCAAGGGAGUAGUCACCUAUAAUGCUGAGCUCAAAUAUUAUUAUUCCUGUGCUUACCCUCUUGAGUAUCUCAUCAACAACACCCAGGUGGAAGUGUCAGCAUCUUCCAUUGCAGUUACGGACAAAAAUGGAAGCUUUGUCAGUACUUUGACUAUGGAAAUCUUUAAUGACGCAAACUACACAACUCCUUUGGACAUACCACCACUGGGAUUAGAGCUGAGGACCACCAUCUAUGUCCAGGUCCAAGCAGACAACCUGACUGCUCAGUACCAUGUCCUUUUGGACAGAUGCUAUGCUUCCAUUUCUCCUAAUCCCACAAACUCCACCUUCUUCAAUCUGUUUGUCCCGUGCUCCAGCGAUCAGAUGACAACCGUGUAUGGGAACGGGAAUGGUCACCAUUCCCGUUUCUCCUUCCCGGCCUUCAGGUUCGUUGAACAGCAGAACCAGACAGUGUCCACUUAUUACCUACACUGUAUCACCAGGCUUUGUGAGAUCAGCACCUGCAGUGCCUUUCAGCAAUGUGGCAGCAGGAGGAGAAGGGACGUUGAUCCCACUGAUGCCUCUGAAGCUACCAUCCUAUCUUCUAUUCCCAUUGUCACCAAAAAUGACAAAUCACUGACAUCUAAGGAGGAAGCUGUAUCCAGCACUGACUCGGACUCAGACUCAAGGAUGGGUCUUGGGAUAGCUGUGGGUGUCCUCACACUGGCCGUCAUUGUGGUUGUGGCUGCUGCAGCCAUCCUCUACAGGAGGAACAAACUCUUUUAA